UACAGCGAGUUUUUCGUGAGUUUGGGGUUAAUUAGGGUUUUGUAGAGAGCGUGAGAAAGCAACCAAGAGUGAGAAAGCAACCGAGAGAAGAAGAAGAAGAAUGAGCAGGAGUUUGGGAAUACCGGUGAAGCUACUACACGAGGCCUCAGGGCACGUGGUGACGGUGGAGCUGAAGAGCGGUGAGCUCUACAGAGGAAGCAUGCUCGAGUGCGAGGACAACUGGAACUGUCAGCUCGAGAACAUUACCUACACUGCCAAGGACGGGAAGGUCCAACAACUUGAGCAUGUCUUUAUUCGAGGCAGCAAAGUCAGGUUUAUGGUCAUACCAGACAUGCUGAAGAAUGCUCCAAUGUUUAAGCGUCUGGAUGCCAGGAUUAAGGGUAAGGGUGCAGCACUUGGAGUUGGCAGGGGUAGAGCAGUUGCAAUGCGGGCAAAGGCUCAGGCUGCUGGCCGUGGAGCAGCACCUGGUAGGGGGGUUGUACCACCUGUUCGGAGGUAAUCAACUGCCGGAUGGUUUCUUAUCCUCUUCACUCUAGAGCAUGGAUUGUCCUUGUUGGUAGCCUAUGGAUUCUUUGGGUCCUCUUGAUAUCCUCAAAAUCUAUGUAAAAGAAUGAGUUUUUGAUUAGGAAGAAAAAACGAUGGUGACCAUAUUUUGUGAAUCUGAGAGAGAGCUCUUACUUCCAUCUCCAUGCAUGGGGCUGCCAAAUUACUUCUACUCACUUCUUUCGACUUUCUAUUAUGUACUACUGUUGUAAGCUAGUAGUCUUUCCUGUUUUUGAUUCUUAA